AUGAACCUCGAUCACGACAUCUAUGUCGCCAACGACGGUUCGUCCCUCAGGGCAAACGAGCCGCCCAAUGGCACGAAUGAGACGGUCAAUCCUUCUCUCAUCUUCAAUGCCCCGUCAGCCUUGAGAGAUGGGAGGCAGACACCUCCUUCACCCCAUGAUCCGACGCUUGGACCAUUCACCGAGCCCGCUGGCGAGCCCAUGAUCGAGACUGAUCCGCCUUCCUCGGACGACAGCUCCGACGAAGCAAUGGACGCCACUACUACUUCACUCAUUCGCCAAAAGGCCUGGGUUGUCAUCGAUGCCCCCAAGCCCAAAUAUGAAAGGCUGCCCUACAGCUCACUACGCUCUGGCCUCGUGUACGAUGUGCGGAUGAGAUUCCACACCGAGCCGCUUGAUGCAAUGCUCAGUGAAGAUGACAUCCAUCCCGAAGAUCCCAGGAGGAUCAUGGAAAUAUUCAAUGAGCUUGCCGAAGCUGGCCUUGUAGAGACACCGACACACCACGUUCCCGAUCCUGACUUUUCUCUUUGGCGGAUCAACGCCAGAGCUGCAACAGAAGAAGAAGUAUGCUUAGUUCACACCCGCGACCACUACGCCCGGGUGAAAGCAUAUCAAGGCCAUCACGCUGAGCAUGAUUCGCCUGGAGGCUUUUGCUUUUUCAAUAACGUCAGCGUUGCCGCCAGAGUGUGCCAGCAAGACUUCCCCGACAAGUGCCGCAAGAUUUUGAUUCUCGACUGGGAUGUCCAUCACGGAAACGGCGUACAAAGAGCUUUCUACAACGAUCCCAAUGUUUUGUACAUCUCCAUCCAUGUCCACAUGAACGGAACUUUCUAUCCGAGCAACAACUACGGUGAUCACACGCACUGCGGCGAAGGUCCGGGACUAGGAUUGAACGUCAAUAUUCCCUGGAGCGCGCAAGGCAUGGGUGACGGCGAUUACAUGUACGCCUUCCAGCAGAUCGUCAUGCCCAUAGCCCAAGAGUUUGAUCCGGAUCUCGUCAUCGUAGCAUCCGGAUUCGAUGCUGCUGACGGCGAUCGCCUCGGCAAGUGCUUCGUCACUCCCCCCUGUUACGCGCACAUGACACACAUGCUCAAGUCGUUGGCAAAUGGCAAAGUAGUCGUUUGCUUGGAAGGUGGAUACAAUCUUCAGUCAAUUGCCAAGUCUGCCGUUGCCGUCACAAGAACGCUGAUGGGCGAGCCACCGGACCGCUUGGGUGAGGAUGUUGAGCCGUCGGCCUUGGGACUAAGCACGGUGGAGCUCGUCAAGAGAUACCAAUCGAGAUACUGGAAAUGCAUGUAUCCGAAGCACGACAGUAAAGCAGUGGCCAACGCUCUGCAUGCGAGGAGGAUACAUGACAUUGUAAGGCAAGCGGAUGCUACCGAGUUCUGGAAUCAGUUCAGGAUGACUGAGCUGUUCAUCCUGCGCGAUAAGAUUUCGAAGAGCUUCGAAAAGCAGGUCCUGGCAACGCAUAACUUUGCGGAACAGCGCCCUCUUCUCGUCAUCUUCCACGAACCACCAGAGACCACGGCUAUUACCGAUCCUCGGAGCAAGAAAUUAAACCUCCAUAACAUUUUCGUCACUGAUGUCACCAAGACGUACGUAGAGUGGGCGGUGAAGAACGGAUUUGGCGUUAUCGAUGUCAACAUCCCAGAGCACAUUACCGACCCGAAUGAUUCCCCAGAAUUUGCUGACGCGGAUUCCGAUGACGCACGUGGUCUUCUUACGCGCGAAUUGGCAACAUAUCUAUGGGACAACUACAUCUCGCUCGGCGAAAACACACACAAAUUCUUCAUGGGCGUCGGUGCAGCAUAUUCUGGAAUUUUAGAUCUCCUGGGCGAGAAUGACGACUGUACGAAGGAAACGGAUCACAUCUUCGCCUUCAUCGCGGAGAACAGCCUGCAAUCGAUUAAGAAGCUCACGGAUGACUAUAUCGGCGAUUGGUAUUACAAUACCUCUCACAUUUACGUCGCCCACGGCCAUGCGGCGUGGGACCCCAGCCGCCAGCGCAAGCUCCGCAAGAAAUAUGGCUACGUCCAGCGUUCCGAGCAUGCCGACCUCUCCAACAUGCUCCAAGAACACCACAAAGAAGUCACGGACAUCAUGUGGCAACUGACCGAGGAGUGGCGCGAGGAACAGGCCACGGCAGCCAAGCUCCGCGCCGCCGAAGAAGCGCUCAACCCGGCCAAGCGCCACCACCACCAUACUACCAGCACCACCAACAGCCGCAACUUCGACAGCAACGGCGCCAUCACCAGCGCUCCGACCAGCAACAAUAGUAGCAGCGGGCCCACCAGCACCAGCGGCGGCAGCAGCAACGUGACGACGAUGAUGUUGGACGGGAAUGGUAGUAGUGGGAGGAAUAUCAGGCACACCAGCCUGCCUGCCCCGGCUGUGGAUCCGCGGAGCACCCCGACGGUUAGGAGUCCGUCUGGUAUGCAUCAUCAUCCUCGCGGACCGCCGUUGGGUAACUUUACGAUUACGCCGACGAGGCGGGCGGGUGGGAGUGUUAGUCCUGGGAAGAGGGCGAGGGGGGAGUGA